UGUGUGUGUGCGUUAGUGUGUGUGUGAGGGCAGAAUGGCGGCAUGGCUCGCGCGCUGCUCGGUGUGUUGAAGCUCCUCACGCGCCUCCAGCAGCGCUGAACAGCACAGCAGCGGGUCCCCAAACUGAGGUCAACCAUGGAUCCGUCCUCGAGUGGUCAGCAGUAUGGAUCGAAGAAACGAGUCAAAAUCCACCCCAACACGGUCACGGUAAAAUACGCCACACACUUCCCCCAACCAGGUGAUGAGGGCUAUGAUGAUGCCCCUUCUUUUGAGGACUUUAGCUCCUUUAUGGACAACAACCCCAGCAGGAGGCUGGUGUCAGAUACUGGGCACGGGAGGACUUUGUUUGGGACGAUGGAUGCUCGGCCCAAGUCGGCUGGAGACCAGAGGGAUAAGGGUGUCGGCAGCCAGCUGGCUAGUUUCGGCGAGGCUUCGGUUUUAGCGUCCCGCGUGACCUGGGGGGCACUUUUUGGGGCCGCAGUAGCUCACGGCUGUGUCGCCCUCAUCACCCGGCUCGCGGCCGACCGCUCCAAAGUGCCAUCCUUAGAGCUCAUAUUUAUCCGCUCCGUAAUCCAAGUGUUGUCUAUAUUGGUGGUCCUCUACUACAAAGAGGCCCCGUUUGGGCCGAAGGGCUACCGGCUGCGCCUCUUCUUCUAUGGCGUCUGCAACGUCAUCUCCAUCACAUGCGCCUACACUUCUUUUGCCAUCGUCCCGCCCAGUAAUGGCACAAUCAUGUGGCGGGCCACCACCACCGUCUUCAGCGCCGUUCUGGCCUUCUUGCUUCUGGAUGAGCGUCUAGCUUACACGGAUAUAGUCACUGUAGUGGGCAGCCUUUUCGGCCUGUGCUUGGUCAUGAUCCCCAACAUUGCGGAUGAGGAGAAAUCGGCCUUGGGCUUCUGGAAGGAGGCUUUCGGCUACACCAUGACGGUCAUGGCCGGCCUGACCGCCGCCCUGUCCAUGAUCGUGUACCGGGCCAUCAAGGAGCGGGUCAGCAUGUGGACGGCGCUGUUCACCUUCGGCUGGACGGGGACGGUGUGGGGGGCGUCCACCAUGUUCAUCAUGCAGGAGCCCAUCAUCCCCCUGGACGGGGAGACGUGGGGCUACCUUAUUGGCAUCUGCAUCUGCUCCACCGUAGCAUUCCUGGGCGUCUACUACGCCCUCAACAAGUUCCAUCCAGCCCUGGUCAGCACCGUCCAACACCUGGAGAUUGUGGUGGCCAUGUUCUUGCAGCUCAUCGUGCUGCGGAUGAUCCCCUCUGCUUACGACAUCUUCGGCGCCUUGGUGAUCAUGGUUAGUGUGUUCGUCCUGACCGGCAUCAAGCUUUACUGGGUGGGCAGGGCUAUUCGGCAGGAUUACCAAGAGAUCCUAGACUCGCCAAUCAAAUGAGAGUGCCACCGAAGCUCAUCUGUAUGUAUGUGGUACAUGUGAACGUGUGGUUGACAGUAUGUGUGGUUGUACGUAUGUAUGUUUGUAUAGUGUUUCCCCAGCCACCUCCGCUCCUCCAAACGUGCAAUUGAUGAAUGUCUCAGUAUUCAUCUAUUUAUUUUGUAUAGUGUCGUUGAAAGAGUGCCAAUGGUAUAAUGUCUUUGCUAACUGUUGAUGUGUGAAAUAAUAAAACAAAAAAUGAUCCACAGUG